AUGGUCCAAACUCGAGCUCAGAAAGCACGUCAGCAGUCGCAUAAUACGCCAGUAGAACAAGAACAAAAACCAGGGAAACAAUCGGGACAAGGAACAGCAAAGCAACCAGGACAAGGAAGCGCGGCGGACAGUAGAGACUUAAAUGCAGUAUCGUCUGGUGCAACAUCAACGAGCCGAAAUGUGCGAGAUCAGAAGAGAGCGCUUGAAGAAGCACAGGAUCCUGUGCAAACGAAUCAAUCACGCAUAACAACACUGAGUUCUGACUACACAGUUGACAUAGUCGAAAACAGUGACCCAAUCGCGCUCUGGAUAAACGAAGGACACUGGUCCGGCAACAAAAACGUUGAAUCCGAGAUGGAAGGUCUCACAGAAAGUGAAUACAGCGAAAUCUCGACCGGCUGGAAACGGGCAGACUCUGGGACGCCUGUGACGCGGAGUUCAGCAAAAUCGCAGGCACAGAGCGUGCCGUAUGCAUCUCCACGCUAUGAGCAGCGACUUCUAGAGAAGAAUUGUUUCUUGACUGAGUCAGAAAUAGGAGUUUCCGAAGAGAGUAAAGUCUUGUACAAAAGUUUGCUUGAACUGAAGCAGACGUUUCCAGAGAAUUCGCUGUUCCACGAUGAGAUGUUUGCCACGACUUUGGAUGAUUUACGAGGCCGAAAUGAGGCUCGGGUCAUCCGAAACAUCGGACAGCUUAUCGUUCCUUCGGCAGCCAUUCUUGCCAGGAAGGGUGACAAGCACCUGCAUAUUCUGGAGGAGAGCUUCGAUGAUGGCUGGAAUCGUUCAAUUCCGCUUACAGGAGCCCGUCCACAGCCGGACUACUCCGUUGGAUUCAAAAUAGACGCCUUCACUAAACUUCAGCUUGCAAGACUGUCCCCUUUUGUACGCGACAUACCUUGGGGCAGUACCGAGCGGUCCUUUUUCAUGGCCACAAACAGGAUGUUUUUCCCGUUCCUAGCCUGCGAAGUGAAAUGUGGAGAGCCGGGGCUCAACACCGCAGAUCGACAGAACGCGCACAGUAUGGCGCUGGCGGUGCGAGGCAUUCUCGCGCUUUUUCGCCUCGUGAAGCGCGAGAAUGAACUCAAUCGUGAGAUUCUCGCGUUUUCCAUCUCAUAUGACGACGCGUGGGUACGGAUCUAUGGCCACUACGCGGUGAUCGACGAGGCCGGAGGCAUCAAAUACUACCACCAUCUAAUCGCUCCCAUUGCCCUUAAGGCACAGGACGGCCAAGAUAGGUGGAAAGCCUACCAAUUUACAAAGAACAUUUAUGAUGUCUGGGUGCCGACACACUUGCAACGGAUCCGCUCGAUCAUUGAUCAGCUCCCGGAUGAGUGCGACACGGAGAAUUCAAAACUGUCCGACUCGACCAGUCCUCCGCAGAACCUGCCGACUCUAACCGAACAAGAAGAAGAAGAAGAAGAAAAGGCCACCGCAGCGCCUCCCACGGAUAAAGAGAAUGAUUCAAAUCACAGCAGUAAGGGUGACGUUCCAGCUCCUUGCAAAAAGCGAAAGAGCUCGGCAACCCAAUCUUGA